UUAUCACCACCCAAGCAGCCCACUCCCUCCACAGCUUCCAUCGCAUCCUCUCCUCCAAACUCGCCUUCCCUCCACAGCCACAAAAGCCGUACCUGGAGCUCGCCAGCCAAGUCUCACCUCGCCUAGCUCCAAGGCACCAGGCGCACCAUGGGUUGCUCGGGCUCCAAGGAAGUGGCGGUGGCCGAGGUUGCCUACCGCCCUCCGGCCACCAGCGUUUCCCUCUUCGACAUCAGCGCCGUCGAGGAGCCGUGGCUCAUCGCCAAGCAGAACGCCGCCACCAACGGCGACGUCGAGGCAGAGCAGAGUGAUGACGAAUACGAAGACGACGAUGAAGAGGAGGAGGAGGAAGAGCAGGACGCCAAGAAGCCCACCGCCGGCGUGGCGCUCCCUAUCCUCGACAAGCUCGACGGCUACGAGCUCGCGCCGGCGUCGUGGUCCGAGGUGAGCAAGGCCCUUGAAGACAUCAAGCCUACGCUCGACUCCAAGCAAACGACGGACCCCAAGCCUGCCCCCAAGAAGAAAAAGAAGAAGAAGAAGCAACCAGCUGAGGCACAGGCCCAGCCGGCGGCACCGCCGCCAACUCAGAAGGAGCAGACGUCCCAGACGCCGUCUGUUGCCGGCACGGGAGAGGCUGCCAAGAAGGCCCCGCCACCGCCGACGCCGUACGCGCGUGGCGCAUCGGAUUCUGACACGAGGAAGCCCGCGCCGCCGGAGCUCACAGGGCGGCGCGUCGUGAAAGAAAACCCCUUCCUGCUGCGGGACCGCGAGACCAAGAACGCGGACGGGACCGCCACCGCGCCCAAGUGGCGCCGGAGGGACCCGUUUGAGGGGUAUCCCGAGCGACGCCCCCCGGGCGCGAGCGGCGGCGGGGUGGUGCUGUACACGACGACGCUCCGUGGCGUGCGGCGCACGUUCGAGGACUGCGAGCGCGCGCGUGCGGCGGUCGAGAUGUGCGCGGAGGCGGCGGGCCUGACCGUGGACGAGCGCGACGUGGCGCUGCACGGGGAGUACCUGCGCGAGCUCCGGGAGCUGCUGGCGGCCGACGAGGAGCAGGGCGCCGGCGUCUCGCCGCCGCCGAGGCUGUUCGUGAUGGGGCGGUACCUGGGCGGCGCGGAGGCGUGCGCGGAGCUGGUGGAGAGCGGGAAGCUGGCGGAGAUGCUGCGUUGGGCCAGGGCGCGCGGGGAGGCGUGCGCGGCCAAGGACGGCCGCGGCUGCGAGGGGUGCGGCGGGGCGCGGUUCGUGCCGUGCCUGGAGUGCGGCGGCGGCUGCAAGGUGGUGGUCGGCGGCACCGGCGGCGUGGUCGAGAGGUGCGGCAAGUGCAACGAGAACGGCUUGAUGAUGUGCCCCAUCUGCCACUGAUGGAGCUCCAAACUUUCAUCCAUGCAUCUGUGCAUACGUACACAAGGCAAGCAUGUCGUUGCCUGCCGCGAUCGAGCUUAAAUCAAAGCAUGUUCUCUGUAGUAGUAUAUGAGUAGAAUACAGUACAGUUUAAGAAGAACAGGGUAUUGCGUGUUGAACCGAAAAGGAAAACUUGGGCGUGUCUUGUGUAGCUUUGGCAAUCUGGCUAAUUGAUGGAGUAAUCUCUUUUGUAAAUCUGGUUGUCGACCCAAGAGAAGAAAACGAGUAUGGCUUCGAUCGUA